AUGGAUGGCUACUACAAUGGGAUGUCGAUACCUGACAAUGUCACCACGUCUCCCUCCCAUCCCUACCCCAGCUACCCUACCAACAACAAUAUGUCAGAUGUGGCCGCACCAAUGCCCUUCAGUGUGGUCACCGCAGUCGUGUACACCAUCGUGUUUAUUGUGGGUCUUCUGGGUAACACGUUGGUCAUCUAUGUGGUGGUUCGCUACUCCAAGAUGAAGACUAUAACCAACAUGUACAUCCUAAAUUUAGCCUUGGCGGAUGAACUCUACAUCCUGGGAAUUCCUUUCCUAGGCACAAAUAGUGUGCUUUCCUACUGGCCUUAUGGGGAUUUCUUCUGCAAGGUGUGCAUGACUGCUGAUGCCAUGUGCCAGUUCUCCUCCACCUUUUGCCUGACGGUGAUGAGCAUCGAUCGCUACCUGGCUGUGGUUCAUCCUAUUCGCAGUGCCAAGUGGCGGAAGCCACAGGUGGCCAAGGUUUUCAAUGGCAUGGUGUGGGUUGUGUCCUUUGUGGUUGUGCUGCCCGUCACAAUCUACUCACAUGUACAGAAGGAUUUCAACACCUGCAACAUAACCUGGCCUGAGCCACGUGAAUUGUGGUCCAUUGUCUUCAUCCUCUACACAUCCAUCCUGGGCUUCUUUGGUCCUCUGGUUGUCAUCUGCCUCUGCUACCUUCUAAUUGUCAUCAAGGUGAGGUCAGCGGGUGUGCGUGCGGGCCUGACUAAGCGGCGUAAGUCGGAGCGUAAGGUGACGCGCAUGGUGGUGAUCAUCGUGUUGGUGUUUGUACUUUGUUGGUUGCCCUUCUUCACUACCAACAUUGUCAACCUGAUUCAUAUCAUCCCUGAGAACAAUACCAAUGCUGCAAUCUACUUCUUCCUGGUCAUCCUUACCUACGUCAACUCCUGCGCCAACCCGAUCCUCUACGGCUUCCUCUCUGACAACUUCAAGCGGAGCUUCCAGAAGGUGCUCUGCCUCCAAAACCCAAAUGGUGUUGGCAACACAGGCCAGAUGAGAGGUAGACAGACUGCACCCAAGAACAACCAAAAUCCGGUUUUCUUACCCAGAAAUCCCGCACAGAAUGGAAACAUGCAGAGCAUUCAGCAGCCUGUCCAGAUGCAGGUUAUUGGGGACGUUGAAAAUUACCCUUUAACCACAAAAACAGAGCUGAAUGGCGAGCAAUCGCUAUGAGUUUUCAAGCUGGGUCCCCAUGUGCUAGUGCACUACAACAUGGGACUUGGACAAUUUAUUCCUGGAACUUUUUUUGAUCGGUAUUUCCUGUCUUUAUUGUUGCUUCUCCCGCUCUGACUGGGACAUUUGGGAAGAGGACCAGAUGAGCAAAGUAGGAGAGAAAACAACAGACAGCAUUCAUCACAGAUCCCAGUGCUGUACCUAGGUUGGCUGCAUUGUACAAGCAUUAGCUCAUGUAAAGAUUUAAGAUCUCGGUAUGAUAUAAAACGCAUUAUUAGACUUUAAAAUGUUGUACAUUUUCAAAUAGAUGUAUUUACCUUAACUGCACCAAAAAAGCAGACUUUUUCAAACAGGCAUUUUUCUCAAAUUUCAGUUUUAUAUUUGAUUAUAUUUUAGUAACCUUGUUUUUUGAUGUACUUUUGUUUUAUUUGCUGCUGAUGCUUUUUGCUAAUAAUGCAACACUUUAUCUAUGUUUACCUGUUAUCUUGAUAAAUUCAGUAAAAUGUACAUUUCCCAGCAUUACGACGCAUCUGUGCAGAAAGUGUUGAGUUGACAGUACCAGCUAGCUUUACAUCUAAUGACUCUAAUGAGUGAUAACAUUAUUAUGUUAAAGCAAUAGUUCCACAUUUUUGGAAAUACGCUUAUUGAAGCUGAGGUAGGCAACUUUGGAGAAAUCAACAACAAUAAGCUCGUUGUCAUCCAAUGAAAAGUGAUUUGGAGCGAAGAGCUAACCCCGUCAGUCAUGUGCGUGAAACCGCACUAGCAGAGUCACACUACUGAAUCUAAAAUAGCUUCACAGUAACUUCACUUCAACUUCACUGUGAAUUUGACGGCAGCCACAAAAGUGGAAUCAAUCUUCUCAUUUACCUCUCAACUAGAAAGCAAAAAGGUGCAUUUCCUAAAAAAUGGAUCUGUUCCUUUAUGAAGAAAAAACUCUGAAAUUGGUGCCGUGGAAAUGUACAUUAUGCUGAAUUUAUCAUGUGAGCCAUUAUAGUACAGGUAAUUUCACCCUGCUUAAGGUUUGUUUAGUUUUUUUCACCAGGCAUUUAUGCGGCGUCAUGCUAAUAUUUAUAACAGCCCUUGUUCACGCUAUUGAUAUUGAUUUGUUCAGCUUUUACUAGAGUAAGCACUGUUCUGUUAGUUAAUUGUAAAGCUGGUUGAAAUAUUAUUAAUUGGUCACGAUCAUUUUAUUUCUUCUGAAUUGUUAACUUUGGGAUUUUUUUGACUGCAAUGUUACAAAGCUGUGAAAAAUGCCUUGAAGGAGCUCAGCCAAUUACUGUUGGUUUAUCUCUUCUCUCUUACAUUUCUAAAAACAACAUCUGCUCGAGCGGAUGUCAUGGGGAAGUAAAUUCAGCCUUUAGCUGCUGGACUUUGGACUUUGAUAUUUCAUGCUAACAUUAUUGGGAAGUUGCUGAACAACACUUUGACAUCUCCAUAAUUGUAGCUUAAGCCAAGCAAGACAGCGUUAACAAUGUUUAUGGUGACUUUGAGCUUGUUUGAAAAACUACUCAGUAAGAUGGACCUGUGGAAACAUGGAUACCUUACAGGUGGUAUUUCUUUGUGUUAGAAACACUGUGAAUUAUAAAAUAGCAGGCCAUUUUAAUUUGGAGUCUUGAAUUCCAUGACAUCCUUACACAUAUAACAAAAAAUGCUAACUUAGUCAUUGUGUUAAAGAAGCCUCAUGAAUAUUAAUAAUGUAGUCUGUCAUGCUACACAGUACAAUGCACUGCUGACAUGUGCCUGCAUGAAACAACGCCCCUGUGUGUGUACAUCUAUCCCAUGAACAGACAGGUGAUGUUUAUUGUCACUGCGGUCUCUUAAUAUUAUGGCAGGUUUAUGUUUCAGACUAGAACAAUUUAUUGUUAUUUCUAGUUGAAACGGUGGCAGCUUUACACUUGAAUGUUUAGGUCUCUCAACAUAAACCACUUAAAUUUCACUUUUGGGAUUUUUUGUUAACAGUAAUCAGUAAGAAGUAUCUUUUUUCCCACAGGUCAAGUUAUUGGAAUAGAUUUGGAUGUAUUAUGUAAUACGAUUUUAGAACAAAGACUUGCCAUAAAAAUACAACAUUUACAUAAAAAACUGAUGUCAGCAAAAUGAAGUGAGCUGACUUUUUAUUUGUUGUUAAUGGUGGUGGGGUUUUGUUUGUUUGUUUUCUCCAAAUUAAUGAUAUAGC